GACUUGACUCCUGCAAUCUGAUGACGGCAGUGGCAACAGCAACAUUGGCGACGACGACGGCGGCAGCAGGGACAUCGGCCACAGCUGAGUGCAAGACAACAACGGUGGCUGCGAGCAGCAGCGGCAACAACAGCGCUGGUAAUCACAACAACAUCGGCAAUAUCAGCAGCAGCAGCAGCGGCGCCAUCACCAACAACAACAGCAGCAACGGCGGCAACAUCAACAUCGCCAUCGGCGACUCAGUGAACGGACACAACCAUCAUCAUCACCACCAUCACCAUAGGCAUCAUCAUUUGCUGGACACGCCGGCCAGCAGUGCUGCGGGAUUAGCAACAGCAGCAGGAGGAGGAGGGACAGCAGCAUCAAUCCCAGUGGCAGUCACACCGGUUGGCAAUACACCAGCAACAGCAUCGUCAUCAGUAUCAGCUGCAGUUGCAGUUGCAGCUGCAGCUUCAGCAGCACCAAGCAGCGUGGCCAGCUACGAGCGAUCGGAGCGAAGACCCCCAUUGCUGGGAGCACCACCGGCGCUGUCCACGGUUAGCAACAACAACGGCCGAUCGGGCGCAGCGAUCGCUUAUCACUCGCUGAUGCCGAACUAUUAUCCCAGCACGCGGCAGCUGCACAUGCAUGGCCAUGCCCGGGGUCACGCGCACCCACCACAGCACGGUCAACCCCAUCCCCACCAGCAACCCCAGCCACACUCGCAUCCCCACGCGUACCAACUGCAGUCGCUAAGCCACUACCAUCAGCAACUUUAACAACGUGUCGCUAGCACUGCCCACGGGCACGGGCUACCAGCGGCUGAUGCGCCUGCUGCUCCUGCUGCAGCGUCGUCGCUUUGGCGGCCGCAAGAACAAGACGGCGGCGGCGGACCGAGUGGGAGAGGAGGUGGAGGCGCAACUGCAGCAGCCAGCGGUGGCUGUGCCUGUCGGCGAUGAGGCUGGGAACCGGGGAACCAUCGCCACUUGGCUCUGGCUGUGGCUGUGGCUGCUAGUGUUGCUGGUUCUGCUGUUGGUCCUGGGCCUGCCGCUGCUGCUGAUGAUGCUCCUCUGAUCCGCGUCCACAUCCGGAGCCAUUCCCCUCCCGAGAACCACCGCACUUAGUUCAUGUUAAACAUAGUUCUUAUUUGUAUCUUCAGUUUUCGUUAGCCAUUUUUUUUUUUCGUAUUUAAUCAAGCUACACUUAGAUACACGAUGGAGCCACUUUUCAGGCGUGGUGUGUGUGCGUGUGAGCAUUUUAGACUGAGAUAUCUGCCAACAACAACAAAUACCGAUGCCCACACACAGGCACACACCCACGCUCAAGAACAACAACAACACCCACAAGCAUGGAAGUUGGGAAAGCUCUGUUUGAUUUUUCAAAAAUGUGUUCAGUUAAACUAACGUAUUUAUAGACGAUCUAUCAAAUAGUUAUCUACACCGACAGCUAUAUGAAAAAGAAGUCGGACUUAUACAUAUAUGCUUACGAUCCCUAGACCUAACUUUAAAUAAUUUUCACUAACAUCAGCUUCGCAAAACGUAAGAAUACCCAUCUUCUUCUAUAUAUAUAUUUUGUAAUCUUAAGUAAGAGAAAGAACGGUUUAUAUACCCUAUACAUAUUAAUACCUGUGGUUAAGCAAUUUUUUAGGAUUUUCAAAUUUAUUUGACCAACAACAUCCAAUACCCAACACGAAACCCCAUCGAUGCACUAGAAAUUCUUCGCUGAGCAGUUUAUUUUGAAUGUUCAACUAGCAAACGAUCUCAACUAAAGUAUUCUCACAUUUCCAGUUGUGUAGAAUUACUACGUUUGAAAAAUGUGGGAAAGCGCCCACAAACAGCUGAAUCUGAUGGAUGUGUAUCUAGGUCUAUACAGCUAAACUAUAGAUAGCAAAUAUUCGAAAAAAACUGCCAGGAUUUCUUUUGCUUCGACCCACAUAUAUGUGUCCGUCUUUUCCGACCUUAUAACGACCGAGCAAAGACAGAUCGAAACGAUUUCUAGAAAACGCAAACCAUUAUGCUCACACACUUGCACACACACACACACACACUUUUUAUGAUAUACAACUAUUAAAAGAAAAUGGUUUUUGUUGGUUAAUCAACCGAGUUUAGCUGAAUCAUCAGAAGAGGAGUUUCUAUUUUUACAUUUAAAA